AUGACUACCCUCCCCCUCCCUAUUGAGGGUUGUGAUGUGAUCGACUAUGGCAAGUCGGUUAUAGUACGAGCAUCGGACGGUAGUGCGAAGGUCGUCCGCAUACCCAAGGCUCCGAAGAGUGAUGUUGGUAAUGAUGGAGAGCACAGUCCGAAAGGAAAGAAGCCUCGACCGAAGCGGCAGGAUAACGUUAAGAUUGGCAAGACUGUUGUGCCAGUUUCUGCUCUCAUUGGUCGACGUUAUGGGUCGACGAUACACCACCGUGAGGGUGAAGGAUGGGUGAGGAGUCAAUGCAGCAAGGUUGCCACCUCUGAUGACGCAGCUGUGGAGAUUGAUACGACGGUUAAUAAUCAGUUCCUAGAGCAGACUUCGGAUGAUAAGCAACCCGCCAUCGGCGCCUCUUCUGCCACUGACGCUGCUUUGAAGAGCAAAACGUUCGAGAUGAAGACACAAUUCUCCCAAGAGAAAUAUCUGCGUAAGAAGCAAAAGAAGUAUUUGAGAGAAGUCACACUACUGCCAUUGAAUUUAUUCAAUUACUGUCACUACGCACCAGGGGCGGCCAACGGACCGAGGUUCGACCUAGUGGGCUCUAUCCUACGUCAUACAUCCCACUGUAGUUCUCUUGUUGUAUGGGAUGAUAGCUGUGGUGGUUUGGUAACAGCAGCAGCGCUACAGCGGGGUCAAAAAGUUGAACGCCUUGCGAGAGGGCGAGGUACGACUCCGGAUGCGGCUGUCACGGAGUUGGGCAUCCCAGGGGAGGUCGUAGGGGCGUUAUUGUCGAAGACUCAACUGGUAGAGGGUGAUGAGAAGGAAGAGGAAGAGGGCAAGCAAGAUGACGAAGUGGGCAGUGAUGGACUUCGACAUUAUCAUAAGCAUUCAACUAAACGAUCGGUUGUGGGAAAUCCAGUGCUCAAUCCUGAGGGUGGUAUAGUUGUUUGGAUGGAUCUGGCGAUCUCUGGUACCACGAAGGAGUUCUUCGAAGUUGUAUCAGUCGUUAUGGAACAAAUAACCCCCUACUGUGGCACCCUAGUGGUAUUGGCUCGUCACAUGGAUCUAGUCCAACAACUACAGCGACGUCUCAUCAAGGCCCCAGGAUGGAUCAAUGUUACUUUGGCAGAACCUAUACUCAGGGAACAUCAGGUUCUGCCUAAUAGGACUCAUCCGAUAAUGCAGUCGGCUACCAACUCGGCCCAAGGGUUCAUCCUAACAGCAACCAAAGUGGUCACUAAAGAGGAUAUGGUAACUCCAGAAGCAGGAGAAGAGAAGGAGGACGAGGAGGAAGAAGGGGAAACUAAGAAAGCCAAAAUUGAUGCCUGAUUAUUAGUAGU